GAAUUACUUGAAUUAAUGGAACCUAUCUAAUGCACCAAUGUCAAAAUGAUUUAUUGAUCAUUAUUUUUUUUUUCAGAUUCAACAUAUUCACGAACCUGCAAACCCAGUGAUGGCCGGGCGCGAAUAUCCCCCAAUCGCUAUUAUUGGCAUAGGUUGCAGACUGCCAGGUGGUGUGACGUCGACUGAUGAUUUUUGGACGGUUCUCCGGGACGGUAAAGACUGCCUCGGUGAGGUACCAGCUGAGCGUUGGUCCCUGGACUCAUUUCAUGAUUAUGAUCAAACCAAACAAGGCAAGAUGGUAUCUAGGAGAAGCGGUUUCAUAGAUGGUAUUGACCAGUUCGACAAUACAUUUUUCAAGAUCUCACCGAAGGAGGCUUCAUCGAUGGACCCCCAACAGAGAAUGUUACUAGAGGUUACACAUGAAGCUUUUGAAGAUGCUGGGAUUGUACCACAGGAGUUAGAGUCAUCUUGCGGAGUUUUUGUUGGUAUUGGUUUAAUGGAUUAUGGUAUAAUGGGAUCAAGUAUAUCUACUAUUAACGCAUAUACCCUUACUGGCUCAGCACAUAGUGUCGCAGCUAACAGGCUUUCUUAUGCAUUUAAUCUUAAAGGUCCUAGCUACGCAGUAGACACAGCAUGCGCUUCAUCAAUGACAGCUAUGCAUUUAGCAUGUUCUGCAAUGUGGAACCAAGAAUGUGACAUGGCAGUACUUGCUGGAGCCAAUGCUUUGAUUAUCCCAGAAACAACAAUAGGAUUUAGCUCACUUGGCGUUCUGUCACCAGAUGGUAAAUGCUGUCCAUUCUCUGAUUCGGCGAAGGGUUACGUCAGAGGUGAAGGUUGGGGAACGAUGAUUCUGAAACCCCUUGAUCAAGCAAUAAAAGACAACGAUCAUAUUUAUGCUCAAAUCGUCGGUACAUACAUAGCAGCCAAUGGUCACAGUAACAGCCUUACAAUGCCAUCUAAGCCCGCACAACAGCAUACAAUGGAAGAAACCUACAGACGAUUUGGGGUCAACAUGGCUGAUGUCGAUUACCUCGAAGCCCAUGGAACCGGUACACCAGUAGGAGAUCCAAUCGAGGCAGAAGCUAUAGGAAAUGCAUUUGGGCCUCAUAGAAAUAAGCCUCUUAAAAUCGGAUCUGUUAAGAGCAACUUUGGACAUAGUGAAUGCGCAGCUGGUGCAGUAUCCUCCAUCAAAGCGGCACUUAUGCUUUACAAAGGCUAUUUAGUUCCAACCAUUAACUACACAGCACCAAAUGUUAAUAUACAUCUUGAUGAAUGGAAACUUCACGUCCAAACCUCUCUCCAACCAUUUCCUAAAGAUAAAGAUAUCAUUGUUGGUAUAAACAGCUUCGGUUUUGCAGGAGCUUUAGCCCAUGCCAUCAUGCAGUCGCCACCACCACAAAAGCAGAAGGCAAUACAGCAACCGGCAGGUUGGGGCUUCAACAGCAAUUUAGGUGAAGGUGAAUCCAUCAUCAUACCUUUAUCCGCCAAGUCUUCAGCUGCUUUGACAGAUACAGCAUUACUUUGGAAGAGUUUUGAGAGUAACGAAGAUGCACUGAGGGUUGUCGGCUGGCAGGCUACCAAACGAGCGCAUCACGAAUGUCGUCUUGCAAUAACAGCAAAUUCUCAUACAGAGUUUCGAAAUAGAUUAGAACAUUUUAUUCAAGAUGGCAGUGGAGAAGGAUUAUCAAGCGGAACCACCUACAGAUCAUCGAGCAAAAUUUGUUUUGUAUUCCCAGGACAAGGGCAGCAAUGGGCAAACAUGGGAAAGAAGCUGUACGCUACGGAGCCUGUGUUCCGAGACACUAUUGAGAAAUGCGAUGAGGUAUUCCGCCAAGUGAGUGGGAGUUCACUUGUACAUAAAUGUAACUUGUUCAAUGGAAGUUCUAACUCGGAGUUCAUCCUCGACGAUGAGAGUAUCAAUGAUAUGGAAAUUAGUCAGCCAGCAAUUUUAUUCCUACAAAUCGCACUCUACGAACUGUGGCGACAUUGGGGAGUGUCACCAGAUGUAGUAGUAGGACACAGUCUUGGGGAAGUAGCAGCAUCGUAUGCUUGUGGUGGAUUAACACUUGCAGAAGCGGUUAAGGUUAUAUAUCACCGAAGCAAGAACCAAUCACUUCUGAAAGGUGCCGGUAGCAUGGUUGCUGUCCGAUUAACAUUGGAAGAAGCCAAAGAUAUUUGCAGAAAUAAUGACAACUUGUAUGUUGCAGCGGAGAACGCACCCGGAUCAUUGACCCUUGCCGGGUCUGAAGACAGUAUUAUGAGGAUUGUAAAUAAUAGUGAAAUAAAAGCAAAACAACUCCGUGUUCAGUGUGCGUUCCAUACACCUCUCAUGGACCCGAUGGAAAAACGAUUCCGAAAGUCGAUGGAAGGUGCUGUAAUGACUCCUGCCGGUUCACGAUCAAUUCCAUUCUAUUCGACAUUGACUGGAACACAGUACGAUGGUGACUUUAAGACAGAGUACUGGUGGAAGAACAUUAGGAACCAAGUCAAAUUUCAACCUGCUAUUGAAAAUAUAUUAAAAGAAAUUGAAGCCGAUGUAUUUAUAGAAUGUGGUGCCUCUGCAACUCUUUUGUCCUCCGUUAAGCAAAUAGCAAAGGCGGAAAAACAAAAUGACAUCAUCACUCCUGACGAUAGUGACAGUAUGGAACAAGCAAAUCUGAAUCUCACGUGUAUUAGGGACGGAAAUCACGUUACUGUUACGUCUGCUGAGCAGCUUUACAGCACAUGCACAUUAUUAUCGGCAAACAGUAAUAAUUCUAAUCAUUUAGAUAUUGAAGAGAUUCUAAAAAGAUGUACAGAUCAAGAAGACAAGCAGACGUACUACGAAAAGUUUAGCUCACUUGGCCUUCAAUACGGCCCAUCGUUUCAAGUGGUAAAUAAAGUGAUGAAUGGUGAUGGAGAAUCUCUUGGAUAUCUAUGCCCAGCUGACGAUAACAAGCAGCGCAUACAGGCGACACACUUGGAUGGAUCAUUCCAACUACUAUUACACAGUGUCGGCCACACUACAACUCUUUAUAUCCCAGUUGCUAUUAUACACCUCGAAAUGUACACACCAAAGAUUCCACCAUUCGAGGAAAUUCUGGUCCAUGCGAAAGUAACUGAAUGCGACAGUUAUACAUUGCUUGGUGACUUAACUAUGGCAACAAAAGAUGGCAAGAUAUUGGCAGUUAUGUCUGGUGUCAAAUGUCAAAACCUUAGCGGAAUCAAAUCGAAUGUAGAUAUAGAUACGUGUUUGUAUCAGACACAUUGGCAACCAUCUACAUCAUGUUUGGGUAGCACCUCAGUCUUACAAGAGGUUUUUCGGAGCAUGAAGAACAGUGACCGCUACUUGGAUGAUUUAGAGAGUAUCAGAAAAGCUGAAGAGCGAGUUCCUAUCAUAAAGGGUAUAUGUGCAUCAUAUGUGCGUCAUGGUCUUGAUAAUGGUAACAAAGACACUUUUAAUUUAAAUCCACGUUAUCUCAAGUGCUUAGAAAGGAUUGCAGCAGACAAAUCAGUUUUGGAUAUAAAAUAUGAAGACAUACACUCAAAUCUAGACAAGCUCAAAGAAUACGUACCGGAGCUUGAGCAGGAAAUUGAAAUGAUAAGAAGUAUUGGAGAUAACUUUCCUAAGACUUUAGUAGACCCUGGAAGCGCAGUUAAGAUGCUAUUUCAACCUGAAUUUCUCCCAAAGUAUUUCAUUGAAUCACUUACCACGAGACUUUAUUACAAGUCAGCUGCAGACAUCAUUUCAAAGAUAAUCAAUGAUGCAUGUGAACAUAAACAGGUUGUCCGUGUGUUGGAAUUGGGAGGUCGUAUGGGAGGUCUCGCAAGACACAUAUUAGAGCCGUUAAAACAACUAGGCGAACAACGUCGAGUUGAGUAUAUAUUUACAGAUCUUAGUGCCACAUUUUUUAUGCAUGCCCAAGGUACACUCGAGGAGUAUCCAUUUGUGAAAUACAAACAGUUAGACAUAGAAGCUGACGUAUCCAGCCAAGGAUUUACUCCUGGUUCGAUAGAUUUAGUCGUAUGCUUAGAUGGAAUGCACCCAGUGGUAGAUAUCAAUGCAACACUUCAAAAUGUCAAAGAUCUGUUAGUUGACGAUGGUCUAUUUUUAAUGUAUGAGGGAACAAAUGCUAAUUACAUUAUUGAGUUAGUGUUCGGAGCCCUUGAUCUUUGUUGGGUUUACGAUGACUUUAGAAAAGAUUGCUGCUGGCUGACAAGAGAAGGAUAUGCCCAGGCACUAAGAAACAGCGGUUUCACUGAUGUAGUAUCCGAGUCAACACCAGGAGAGUUCUUCCAUAGUGUGUUUCUUGGCCGAAGUUCAUUAACAUCUAACGAAUCUAAAGAGAACACGAAGGACAGAAACUACAUGCUUGUCGUAGAAAAUGAACAGUGUCCAUUGAUUAAAGACAUCAAGAAGUGUCUCAAUUGUGAUGUAAUAGUCAAAUCAUAUGCUGAUGUGAACUCAGGAAAUUUUAUUAAAGAAUCUCAAGACUUGCCUUACGAACUAAUUUACUUGUGGGGAGAUAGUGAUCGUUUAUGUCAUGCACUGUUGAAAGUACUACAGAAGAUUGACAGUGACCCUGACAAAUUUACAAAACUAUGGGUAGUGACAUGUGGAUCAAACAUGACAUAUUCAAAUAUUGAAUGCAGCCCAGCCAUUGGUCUUGUAAGAGCAGUGACAAAUCAAUGCAGUACACCUGUAUUUUCAGUAGAUAUCGACCCUAGUAGUCAAGUAGCAACACAAGCCAAACUACUUGUACCCUACAUAACAGCACCAUUUUCCUUUGAGAGGGAAGUUUCCAUACGGGGUGGGUCGUAUUUCUAUCCUAGACUGGCUUCUUACAACCCAUUAACUAAAAUGGUAAUUAGUGGUCAGUCUUAUUGGCAAUUAACCCAAACUUCAAACGCAGGCCUCUCUUCAAUCAGCGAUCUCGGUAUUUCGUACAGAAGUGAAAUGGUUCCAUCCCCUGGUAAAGUGCUUGUUAAAGUGAAGAGCGCAGCUUUGAAUUUCAAAGAUGUUAUGAUGGCGCUUGGCAUGCUUGAUGAUUUGUUAACAUCAGAUGAAAAACCGUUCGGUCUAGAGUUGAGUGGUGUAGUUGAGACCGUUGGAGAAGGUGUAAGUACGGUCAGUGUUGGUGAUGAAGUCAUUGGAAUUGGAGAACAUUGUUUUGCCUCACAUAGUAUCUGCAAUGCUCAGCUUAUCGUUAAGAAACCAUCAAAUCUAUCAUGGGAUGAAAGCGCAGGCGUUUCAAUCGUUUUUGCUACAUCAUAUCACAGUCUUGUUGAACGUGCCAAUCUACAGAAGGGGGAAACAGUCUUGAUACACUCUGCUUGUGGUGGUGUAGGAUUGAGUGCCAUUCAGGUUGCCAGAAUGGUUGGUGCAAACAUCAUUUGCACUGCCGGAACAGAGAAAAAACGCAAAUUCUUAAAAGAGACUCUUGGCAUUACACAAGUAACUGAUUCACGUUCAGAUGCUUUUUACGCUGACGUCAUGAGCUGGACAGACGGCAAAGGUGUAGACGUUGUGCUGAAUUCGUUGUAUGGUGAACUUCUUACCAAAGGAGUAAAAAGUCUUGCUACCGGUGGCAGGUUCUGCGAGAUUGGUAAAAGAGAUAUUCUUCAGAGCUCAAAUCUUAAUAUGCAAUUAUUCCUAGAAAACAAAUCUUUUCUAUCCUGUCAAAUAGACUUUAUGGUCGAUCUGCAGAAAGACAAAGCACAGAAGCUACUACAGAAAGUAUCAUCUUUAUUCGAAAAGAGAAUACUUAAGCAUGUCCCGUAUGCUGUCCAUCCGAUCACUGAGUACAAUGAUGUGUUCCUAACAACUGCAAAGGGAUCCCAUAUCGGAAAAGUAAUAUUCUCAAUUCCAGAUAAUUUUCAGCCUCCGAAGAUUAAUCAGUCAUCAAUGCUUUUCAAACAAAAUGCCACUUACGUGAUUACGGGUGCUUUCGGUGGAAUUGGUCUCGCAAUGUCACGCUGGAUUGCUAUCAAAGGCGCGAAACAUGUAGUAAUGGUUUCCAGACGGGGAUGUCGAAGCUCGGCUGGUCGACGAGCAAUGGAGUUUAUGAAACGCAAAGGUGUCACGAUUUAUGAAUUUGCAACGGACCUUGGUGAGAAGAAAAAUAUUCAACAUAUGCUGGAACAAUUAAAGACCAGGGGAGCACCACCCCUCAAGGGAUUGUUUCACUUGGCAGGGUACAUUGCUGCAGAAUCCCUUCAAACACUCACUCCUGAAGAAACAGACAAGAUCCUCUACUCAAAAGCAAUAAGUGCUCAGUACUUCCACUCUCUUACUAAAGAUCAAGAUCUCGACGUGUUCUUCUUGUUAUCGUCAGUGACAUCUGUAUGGGGACAUUCUUCACAACCGAUGUACGUCGCGGCGAAUAACUACCUGGAUUCACUUGCUGAACAAAGGAAACGCAAGGGACUAGCAUCUCUAAGUGUCCAGCUUGCACCCAUCCGAGGAGCUGGAUUCUUGGAAGACAAAUCGGAUAUUACCAACACAAUAGCUAUUAAAGGAAACAUCACACUUCACGUUGAAGAGUUCCUGACCUCGAUGUCAACUUUACUACAAUCAUCAAAUGUACCAGCCGUUGUAUGCCUUGCAAAUCAGAACUGGACUGAUACUCAGAAGUUUACAUAUAACGACAGCUGCAAAUACAGACACUUUGUGAAAGGUGAGAAUGUAGGAAAGACAGAUUGCUCCUUGAGCCUUGAAGAUGUAGAAAAGACUGUAAAAGAAAUGCUAGGCAAAUUGCUGUUCGUAGAACCUGAGAGUAUUGACGUUAACCAACCAAUGAUCAACUAUGGAGUCGACUCUAUGAUGGCAGUAGAAAUGGUCACAUGGGCCAGUAAAGAGCUGAAUGUGGUUGUCUCUCAGCUUGAUAUUCUAGGAGGUAUCACUACAAAGGUGUUACUGCAGAAGGCGCUACAGAAUGAUGUUGUGUUACCUUUGAAAGAAGCUUAGAUACUAUUUUAGCUCAGUUGAUAUUAUUGAGAACUGUUUAGAGGUAAUGAACUCUGAUGAAAUUACAUUUGCAUUGUUAAAUAGGCAUAUACAUAUUUAUCUAAAAUUAUAAUAAUUAUAUACGUUAUAUAUCAGUACGAAAUAUAUAUUCCUAUAAAUAAAUAAUAUAUACGUACAUAGGCCUAUUAUUAUACACGAUGGCUACAUCUCGGUUGAAAAAUUUUGAAUGUAAACGUAAGU